AUGGCUUUUACAAUCAUGAUCAUCCUGGCUUUGAUCAGGAUAAGUAAAGGGAGAGGAGAGGGUCAUCCACAGAUUGCCAACUUCUCCGGAAUCCCCAACUUGUUUGGUGUCUGCGUCUAUUCUUUCAUGUGUCAACAUUCCCUGCCCUCCCUCAUCACCCCCAUCAGUAAGAAGAAGCACAUGAACACAUUGGUCCUGGUCGAUUAUGUGCUCAUCCUGGCCUUCUACAGCUUACUGUCUUUCACGGCCAUCUUCUGCUUCAGUAACCUGAAGGACAUGUACACUCUCAACUUCACAAGCAACUGUGAUGUUGUCAGUGUGCCCUUUAUCCGCUACUUCUUAGGGCUUUUCCCAGUUUUCACAAUCAGCACAAACUUCCCGAUAAUUGCAGUUACCUUGCGUAAUAACUGGAAGACCGUCUUUCACAGAGAAGGGGGAAUGUAUCCGUGGCUCAUUGACCGGAUUGUCUUUCCCCUGAUCACCAUUAUUCCCGCUAUCCUAGUGGCGUUCUGCACCCAUGACCUGGAGACUCUGGUGGGCAUUACUGGUUCUUAUGCGGGCACAGGCAUUCAGUAUAUCAUUCCCGCCUGUUUGGUUCACUUCAGCAGAAAGGACACUGAACUGGUGUUCGGAAGUCACGCUCAAAAUAAGCACAGCUCACCAUUCAAGCACACUUUCUGGGUGGUAUUUGUACUGGUGUGGUCAAUGUCGUGCUUCAUAUUUGUAACGGCCAACAUUGUACUGACGGAAACUAAGCACUGAGCAUCGACACUGCCUGAAAGGACACCUGCCUUGUCUAUCAGACUUGAAAGCCCUAAUUCCUUCACUGUGACUAAAAGUGAAGAUUUUGCAGGUCACUACAUCAUGCUAGUCGGUUGCUGUUUUGCAAACAUGUAAAUCUUCAUUCCUCUCCCCAGGGUACUGAUCGGUUUACUUUUGGCAGAAAAUGGUGUUUAAUUUGGGCAGUUUAUAAAUUAAAUGAGCAGCUUCUUGCAAAAGGAAUCAUGUACAUUAUUAACCCUAGAGUGAUUCACCACCGUUCCGGCUUUGAAUGUUUAUCAGUGACUGUUCUUGUUGAGGAAUGUUCUUGUGAACCAAGACAAAUUCCUUGUGGUUUACAAUUAUUGGUGAUGAUUAAACAAGAUGGCUGCAGACAAAACAGCCAUACACCUCAGCUGUAAAAUGUAAAGCAUUUGGUGCAGUUCUGUGGGAUAAAGCAGCUUUAAUCUGAAGUGACAACAUUGUUGCUGGAUAUAACCUGGCACUUUUUAACCUGCCCAGUGCUGAUUUGGAUGUAAAGGGCAGAUGUUUUCCAAAGAAUGUACAGACUCUGGCAUCCCUUGGCUGCUGAUUUGCCAGGUGUAGAGGUACAACUCUACAUAUCCAGUUUGAGUCUGCUUUCUUACCCUUAACAACCCAGAAUUCCACCCCCUGCCCCGCCCAACAUAACUCCCUGUUCCCAAUAAUUCACUGUUCAACUUUCCUCCAGUGCCUUGUAUUCUGUCUGUGAGGAAACGUGCUUUGGUUCCUCAGACCAUUCUGUUGUGCCUAUUUUUCAACCCUCUCCACUUGGAGAGACAGGGAUGGGAUGGUGACUGCUCAAACUGCCGGACAGUGCAGGCAGACUGGUUUACCACCCAAUCACAAGCCUCCGCUUCGAGCUGGAUUUUUGUCGCAGCCUUCACUCCGUUGCACACCCCAGAAUGCAUCAUGUUUUGCGUGGGAAGAAUUUAAAACAAAAAGCUAUGAAUUUUGCAGGAGAAGGUGGUUUUGUGUUUCAGCACUCAAUACCAAUGUAUAGUUAUGUAUCCCUUAUUCUAAUUGUACAGUAAAGUA